CCUAUUAUGCCCCAAUUUCAAUUAAUAUUCGUCCCGAUUUCGUGUCCCACCAGGACUCGCUAUCUUCCACCUCUUUCCUCCCUCGCAUACAUCGUCCUCAUCCUCGAGAAUCCUCAAAGAAUCAUGACGCGCCUUCAAAUAUCCUGGUUCAUCAUUGCUUUUUCACUUCAACAAUGGCGUCUUUUUAACUUGACGAGACUUUUUCACACUUUUAACGUUUUCCAACACGUUUCCUCAUUUGCCCAUCCCUUAUACGAGCUCUAACUCGUUUUAGCUUCGUCACUGCAAUAUUUGAGACCCCUUGCAACCACUUUCAAUAUGCACUCCCAAUUUCUCAUUUCGGCAUAUUCGAAUUAUGAUUUUUAUCUAUUUUCAACGUUUUAUUGAUUCUUUCGUCGAAUUUCAUUAUUUUUCUACACUGUGGAUGUCUGAACACAGUUUUUUUUUUGCCACAAUAUAUUUCUGCAGCAGUUUUCAAGUCUUGUAAAGAUAUGUUGAAAAAUCUGAUCUCAUGUUUUAUUUAUUUUCAAUAAAACAACAAAUUUUCUAAAUGCUAAGUACUUUCCAGUGAUUAUUUUGCAUUCUUGAUACUGUUGGAAGUUUAGUUUACUCUAUUUGUGUGUUUCUGUCCUGUGGAUUUUGUUACCCCAUUUACAAAGAAUCAGUUUGUUAUCUCCGACGGAACUACAAAGCCUCUGAUUUAAUGGUUCUAUCAUGUCCGCUAACGUAGCGACUAUAAAAUUAGAGGAGGGACAGGAAUCUGUCACUGAAAUACAGACUUACCUCGAAACUUUUAACAAAGAGAUCGAAGGUGGUCAAGGAGAACAAUUGCAACAUGUGCAACUCCAACAAGUCGAAGGAUUGUCCGGUGGGGAAGAAGGUGGAACCUACUUUGUUGAUCAGUCUGGUCAGUAUUACUACCAGGCGAGCGGGGAUGACACACCCGUAAUGACCCAAGUACAGAUUCAAGAAAUUGAUGACGGCGAAGCUCACGAAGGCGAAGUGUCAGAGGAGCAAUAUCAUGAGAUAGAGGAACUGGAUGCUGUCGACGGGGAUGAAGAUGCUCACAAUUCGGAAAACAAUCGAGUAGUGCUGAACUCCGGAGACGCUUAUCAGACAGUGACGAUAGUGCCAUCAGAUACGAAUCCCGGCGAAGUCAGUUACGUCUUGAUAGUGCAACAGCCGGAUGGUAAAGAAGGUCGUGGCAGCGGUGACGGCGAAGGUGGUGAAGGGGAAGACGGUGAGGGCGACCAAGACUUGACCGUGUACGAUUUUGAGGACAACGAGGACAAUGCGACCGAGUACGAAGCCGAAGACGAUAAAUCUAAAAUCAUCAAAUUUUUGCCAAAAAAGUCUCAAACCGUGACUCAAGCUCAUAUGUGCAAUUACUGCAAUUACACAAGUCCGAAACGUUACUUACUUUCACGACACAUGAAAUCACACUCCGAGGAAAGACCGCACAAGUGCAGUGUUUGCGAAAGAGGGUUCAAAACUCUUGCCUCUUUGCAAAAUCACGUCAACACUCACACCGGAACGAAACCACACCACUGCAAAUUUUGUGAAAGCGCUUUCACCACUUCCGGUGAACUUGUCAGACACGUACGAUACAGGCAUACUCAUGAAAAACCUCACAAAUGCCACGAGUGCGAUUAUGCAUCCGUUGAACUUUCCAAGCUCAAACGUCACAUCAGAUGCCACACGGGAGAACGACCCUACCAGUGCCCUCAUUGCACGUACGCGAGCCCGGACACAUUUAAGUUGAAGCGUCACUUGCGUAUUCACACGGGGGAAAAACCUUACGAGUGUGAUAUUUGCAACGCGCGUUUUACACAAUCCAACAGUUUGAAGGCUCACAAGCUUGUGCAUAAUGUAGGAGACAAGCCUGUUUUCCAAUGUGAACUUUGUCCAACGACCUGCGGAAGAAAAACUGAUCUCAGGAUUCACGUACAGAAGCUUCAUACCUCCGACAAACCACUCAAGUGCAAACGAUGUGGCAAAACAUUCCCAGACAGGUACAGUUACAAACUCCACAGUAAGACGCACGAGGGGGAGAAAUGUUACAAGUGCGAUUUGUGUCCGUACGCGUCGAUAUCAGCUCGUCAUUUAGAGAGUCAUAUGUUGAUUCACACGGAUCAAAAGCCGUAUCAGUGCGACCACUGUUAUCAAUCGUUCAGGCAGAAACAAUUACUGAAACGGCAUUGUAAUCUCUAUCACAAUCCGACUUACGUACCUCCACCGCCGCAGGAGAAAACUCAUCAAUGUCCCGAGUGUGAGAGGGCGUUUAGGCAUAAGGGAAAUUUGAUUCGUCACAUGGCGGUUCACGAUCCUGAAUCUUCGUUGCAAGAAAAGCAACAAGCUUUGAAAAUGGGUCGACAAAAGAAAAUACAAAUCAUCGAUGGUCAGAGAGUUGAGGUCAUGACCGGUGAUAUAGCUUCUAAACUUAAAGGUUACGACGACGAGGAAGAGGAAGACGAGGACGACAUGAUGGCGGUUGAGGGAAGCGACGGUCAGCAGUACGUCGUUUUGGAAGUCAUUCAACUCGCUGAUAAUCAGGGAACGGAACAGAUGGCCGUAGUAGCGAACGAGGACGGGGACCUCAUGAUGCAAGAUCCUCUGGGUCAAGAAAGCGGCCUCGUUGUAACAGCGGUUGAAAACGGCGAAGAGGAAGAAGAUGAGGAAGAAGAGAUGGAGAUGGAAGAACUGAAAACGGAAACGAACGGGAGACAACCGAUGAAACAGGCCCGUCAAACGACGCGAGCUGAUCCAGCAUUGCGCAAAGAAAUGGAAACGUGCUUCGGAUUCGAUGACGACGAGGAAGAAGAUAACGAAGGCGCCGAAGAUAUACGCUUACUUCAGACAAUUUCGUAAUAAUAAUAAUUUUAAAAAGAAGAAGAAAGAAGAUUAAAAAUAAUAAAAACGGACAAAUAUUUGUCCCACUUAAUAGUCAAAUAUUUUUCUCCUCGAGCAGUACGAAUGAGUGGCAACAAUGAACGGAGACGUAGAUGAGAAACAAAAUAAUGAAGAAACGAGAGAAAGAAAGAGAACACAAUUUUGAAGAGACUGUCGAAAAAGCAGUGUACAUUAGAAACAUUAAUAAUAAUUUAUGAUUAUAAAUGUAGCCUCAUGCUAUCGUAGCGUUGUACGAAAGAGAACAAAAUUCUGCGUGUUUAUGUGUGUGCGUGUGAGGAAUAGGAGAAACUUGAAUGAGAAUGGAAUAUUUGAGUGACGUUUUCGGAUAAAUUAAUAGGGUUUUACGUCGAACUCACUGUCGCACAGGUUUAAACGAUUUUUAUUCGUCUUGUCACGGCCUCGGACACGUUUUUUCUCGAAUUUAUUCACUCUCGGUGACUGCAUUCGAUGGAUUGUUUAAGAAACGAACAACCUGCCAUUGGCUCCUCCAAACAAACCGCUGAAUCGCGAAUGCCUAAUCAAUUUUUCAAAUAUUUGAAUUUUUUAAGCGAUAAUAUUUAUUCCGGACAUUCUCAGUUAGCUGUUCACUCACAAAACGUUCUGUUUGUUUUUUUUCAUAUAACGAACGUGACACGUUUAUGAAAAUGUCGAAUUUGAAAAAAAUCGGGAAUCAAACGAUUUUGAGAAAAAAAUGACAAUUUUCGGCGCGUACAGCCAGUCAAUUUUUCCAUUGCCCCAAGAAAAAAGCCAAAUAUUGAAGUGAAUUUGCGUCUCGAAUUAUCACAACGCGAUUCGAGCCGCGAACACUCUGAAAGGGGAGUUACUGACGUGAAUUUCCCUUAUUUUCCAUUUUACUUACAAAACACAAGAAAAAACGAAAUCGUAGUUGAGUCGAUCGAACAAUCGAGAUGCAAAGAUCUCGAGAACGAAUAUCCUGGACGUGACAGAACGGAAAAAACAGCCCUAAUGUUCAGUUGGUUCGGUCACACUUUUAUAGUUUCCCAGCCACUCUUUUGUGGUCUGUGGUGGUUCAUUAUUUUCUUUGCAAUUGAACGAAAUAAAUUUGUUCGUAUAUUUGACAAAGUUGAUUAUUCAAUGUACGUUUCUCGUACGAGAAACUGAUGAGGAAAAGUGAUAGCGAAGUCGGCAUUGCUGGAUGUAACGAAACUUGUUGUUUCGUCGUCAAAAUUGGCCAUUUUUUUUAUAAAAAUCUCAAAACUAAUUCAAUACGAUGUGACUAUGAUUGUGUUGAUUGUCAGCACGAACAGGCCCUAUUUUCCUCAUUUAUUAUAAUACGUAGCGACAUUUUAAUUAGAGAGCGUUUUCAAUCCGCAAUAUUACUACGAGGCGAUGUGAGGCUGCCAUGUAUAUAAACGCUUUUCAUUAUUCUGUAUUUGGUACGAUAGAAUAUAGACUUCGAGAUUAAGUAAGUAGGGUAGAAUUAGGGGAGGGUAAAAGAGAGAGAGAGAGAGAGAGCGAGAGCAUUUUGAAUCCCCCUUUCGCAGUUCGGGGCCGUACCGAGUUCACAAAUUCGGAGGCGGGGCCGAAGCGAUCAUUCUGUUUUUUUUUUUUCGUUUCUUUCAAUUUUUGUACGCGGUACAAAAUUCAAAAAAGACCUGAGCGAUGACGAAGAACCGACGAAGCUUCGGGAGGGAUCAUUCGAAACGAAUGAAAAAGCUAACAAGCAAACGAAUGGAAAACGAAAAAUCCGCAUUAAACAUUCUCUCAUCCACUGUGAGAAUAUUUGCGCAGUCGUUUUCUUAUUUUCGUCCUCGCUCUGGUUCGUCUGCGUUGUUUUUUGGUCCACAAAUUUUGCCUCUUUUCGUUAUUCGACAGACGAGCACACGCGACCCCACGCGACGCGAUUACAAUUAAAGGGAAAAAGGAAAAAACGCACACUAUUGUACGCUACUGUUACAGUCAGAAAAUGGAAAUAUAAAUUAUUCUCAACGACGCGUUUAGAUCUGCGUCGAGCCCACUCCGACCCGUAGAAUCUGUUUUCUCUUUCACUUUGUUGACGUGGGAAAGACGAUUAAAAAAAUCGAAAAAUAAAAUACGACAAAUUAUUUAAUUGAUUAAAAAGACAUUUUCAGAGUACGAGACCAAAAUUAGUGUUGAGUCGUGUGUGUUUUUUUGUUUCAAAUCGAACGCUCAUAGACUAAUGAACAACGAUUUAUAAAACAAACACUUGCUCGUGCUAUUCAUUAAUUACAAUAAAUAAUAAUCAAUUUAUUCUUUUAUUUGGCUCACUUGCACUCUUCAAAGUGAUGAUUCAUGCUCUCACCCCAAUCGCAGAGAGAUAAAGCCUCGAAAUAAACGGUGGCAAAUAGUUAUAAAAUGAUGCAACAACAAGAAAUAUUGAAGAAAUGAUAAUCUAUGUACAUUUUUUUUACAUAAUAAUUGUACAAUUGUAAUUUAGUGAUUGGAAAUUCACCGUAAUGCUGUCAAAUAUUAUGCACUUUCUUACAUUAUUCCAAAGAAAAGCAGUGUAGCAUUUUCUCGAAAUAAACGUUGAAAAAAGAAAGGAGAGAAAAUUUAUAAUUCAUCUCAAUCGCCCGAGGGUAACGAACUCCUCAAACUUCUUUAUUUCGAGUCUUCUCUCACGCUUUCUUCAUCCUUUUUUCUCAUUCAACUAUUCUUUAAUGUUGAUGCACCGAUCGAAAGAGUGCUAGAGUUUCAAAAAAAUGUACAAAAUGUUAAACUUAAGUGAAUCGAACGUAAUAAAGUGUGGCCCUCAGGGGAAAGGCAAAAA